CCACAAUGCACCGCUACUGUCACAACAACACGUCGCCAUUUCACGGAUGGGGGGUCAGCUGAAACUCCCGCAAAGUAAUUUACGUCACCGGAGAUAUAGCACAACACACGAACAUUAUCUAAAAGGAAACUGUAAAUGUGGCGAUAUUUGGCUCGGGUGAAUGAGUUGUUCAAGUGCCGGCCGAGGUUGAAGUUGCCAGUGAUCGGAUUUUUUCACGUCAACAGCUAGCCAGCUGUCAAGUGUAAACAUAAGGAUGAAGAGGGUGAAAGGAGAUGAGGACGCCUGCAGCUCUUCCAGCGAGGGCCCAACCGAGUCCUGCAAGAAGGUGCGGAAGCUACAGCCAAGCAAAGAGAAGCACCAAGAGGAGGAGGAAGAGACUGAUGUAGAUCUCUGCGAGUUUGGCUUCGACUGGGCACUGCUCCCUCAGGAGAUCCUGCUCAACAUCUUCCAAUUCCUGCCUCUUCUGGACCGGGCGUAUGCCUCGCAAGUGUGCCGUGGCUGGAACCAAGCUUUCCACAUGCCCGAGCUAUGGAGGUGCUUUGAGUUUGAGCUGAACCAGCCUGCCAGUUCUUACCUGAAGGCGACACACCCAGACCUAAUCAAACAGAUCAUCAAGAGGCAUUCGAACCACCUGCAGUAUGUCAGCUUCAAAGUGGACAGCAGCACGGAAUCUGCAGAGGCAGCCUGUGACAUUCUCUCCCAGCUGGUGAACUGUUCACUAAAGACACUAGGGCUCAUCUCUACGGCCAGACCCAGCUUCAUGGAGUUGCCCAAGUCUCAUUUCAUCUCGGCCCUGACGGUGGUGUUUGUCAACUCCAAGUCCCUGUCAUCUCUGAAGAUCGACGACACACCGGUGGAUGACCCGUCCCUGAAGGUCCUGGUGGCCAACAACAGCGACACGCUGAGGAUGUUGAAGAUGAGCAGCUGCCCUCAUGUCUCCCCUGCAGGUAUCCUGUGUGUGGCGGACCAGUGCCAUGGCCUGAGGGAGCUGGCGCUGAACUACCACCUGCUGAGUGACGAGCUCUUAUUAGCCCUCUCCUCUGAGAAACACGUGCACCUGGAGCAUCUCCGCAUUGAUGUGGUCAGCGAGAACCCCGGGCAGCACUUCCACACCAUCAGGAAGUCCAGCUGGGACGCUAUGCUGCGCCACUCGCCCAAGUUCAACCUGGUCAUGUACUUCUUCCUCUACGAGGAUGAGUUCGGCCCCUUUUUCAGGGAGGAAGUCCCCAUCACCCACCUCUACUUUGGUCGCUCAGUCAGUAAGGAUGUGCUGGGCCGCGUGGGGCUCCACUGCCCCCGGCUGGUGGAGUUGGUGGUGUGCGCCAAUGGGCUGCGGCCGCUGGACGAGGAGCUGAUCCGCAUCGCCAAGCGCUGCACCCAGCUGUCGGCCAUUGGCCUUGGGGAGUGUGAGGUGUCGUGCAGCGCGUUCGUGGAAUUCGUGAAGAUGUGCGGUCGGAGGUUGUCCCAGCUGUCCAUCAUGGAGGAGGUGCUGAUUCCUGACCAUAAGUACAACCUGGAUGAAAUCCACUGGGAGGUGUCAAAGCACCUCGGCCGUGUCUGGUUCCCCGACAUGAUGCCCACCUGGUAGAGCCGUUGAAGGGGGCUGUGGAUUUACUGUACAGAGUUUGACAUACUUUUCUCUUUUUUCCCACCUUGAAACUCUGUCCGAAGCGUCCAUGUUGGCAGCGAAGGAACAACCGAAGAUAAUCGUGUAAAAUGCCAAUUUUUCAGGGAUGCGAUUUUUCCUGAUUAAUCAGGAAUUCCUACUUUUCUCACUGUAUACUCCAUUCCUAUACACUGAACAAAAAUAUAAACGCAACAUGUAAAGUGUUGUUUCAUGAGCCAAAAUAAAAGAUCCCAGAAAUGUUCCAAAUGCAUAAAAAGCUUAUUUCUCUCAAAUGUUGUCCACAAAUUUGUUUAGAUCCAUCCCUCUUAGUGAGCAUUUCUGCUUUGCCAAGAUAAUCCAUCAGCUUCUCGAUAUACUACACCUGUCUGGGAACGGGGUUCUGCUAGCACCCUAUUCCCAGACAGGUUAAUUAGCUUCUUGAUAUGCCACACCUAUCAGGUGGAUGGAUUAUCUAUAACCCCUCGCCCAACAGCCAAUGAAAUUUCAGGGCGCCAAAUACAAAUCUGCAAAAAUCUAAUAAAUACAAUUUCUCAAACAUACAAGUAUUAGGCACCAUUUUAAAUAUAAAAUUCUCAUUAAUCCAGCCAGUGUCUGAUUUAAAAAAUGCUUUACAGCGAAAGCUCCACAAACGAUUGUUAGCUCACCUCGAAGUCACAGAAAAACCCAGCCGUUUUUCCAGCCAAAGAUAGGAGUCACAAAAAGCACAAAUAUAGAGAACCGUUGAUCUUCAUCAGAUGACACUCAUAGGACUUCAUGUUACACAAUACAUGUGUGUUUUGGUCGAUAAAGUGCAUAUUUAUAUCCAAAAAUCUCAUUUUACAUUGGCUUGUUAUGCUAAGUUGUUCCAAAACAUGCAGUGAUUUUGCAGAGAGCCACAUCAAUUCACAGAAAUACUCAUUAUAAAUGUUGAUGAAAAUUCAAGUGUUAUGCAUGGAAUUUUAGAUCCUCUUCUCCUUAAUACAACCGCUGUGUCAGAUUUCAAAAAAACUUUACGGAAAAAGCAUAAUCUGAGUACCCCACUCAGAGCCCAAAACAGCCAAAAUAAAUAUCCGCCAUGUUGCGCAGUCAACAUUAGUCAUAAAUAGCAUUAUAAAUAUUCACUUACCUUUGAUGAUCUUCAUCAUAAUGCACUCCCAGGAAUCCCAGUUCCACAAUAAAUGUUUGAUUUGUUCCAUAAAGUUAAUAAUUUAUGUCCAUAUACCUCCUUUUGUUAGGGCGUUUGGUUAACAAAUCCAAAACGCGCGUGCAGGUCCAGCCGAACGUCGGACGAAAAGUUUCAAGAAGUUAUAUAACAGGUCUUAUAGAAUCAAUCUUUAUGUUUUUAUCAUGAAUGUUCCAACCAGAGAAUUCCAUUGUCUGUAGAAAAGCAAUGGAACGAGAGCUACCUCAUGGUAAUGCGCGUGACUGAGAUUGAGGCUGCUGGCAGACCUCUGACUCAAUCCCCUCUCAUUCGGCCCCCCUUCACAGUAGAAGCCUCAAACAGGUUUCUAAAGACUGUUGACAUCUAGUGGAAGCCUUAGGAAGUGCAACAACCAAUAUCCCAGUAUUCAAUAGGGGCUGAGUUCAAAACUACAAACCUCAGAUUUCCCACUUCCUGUUUGGAUUUUUUUGUCAGGUUUUUGCCUGCCAUAUGAGUUCUCUUAUACUCACAGACAUCAUUCAAACAGUUUUAGAAACUUCUGAGUUAUCUAUCCAAUACUAAUAAUAAUAUGCAUAUAUUAGCAUCUGGGACUGAGUAGGAGGCAGUUUACUCUGGGCACGCUUUUCAUCCAAAAGUGAAAAUGCUGCCCCCUAUCCCAAAGAAGUUAUUAAACAGCAUGGCCAUUACAUAGGUCCACCUUGUGCUGGGGACAAAUGGCCACUCUCUAAAAUGUGCAGUCUUGUCACAGUAUACAAUGCCACAGUAAACUUAGGGUUAGGUUAGGGGUAGGGUUGAGUAAACGUGCAAAUUAGCAUGCUUGACUGCAAGAAUAUCCACCAGACCUAUUGCCAGAGAAUUUUAUGUUUAUUUCUCUACCGGCAACUGCCUCCAAUGUGGUUUUAGAGAUCAGUACACAAUUCCUGGAAGCUGAAAACUUCCCAGUUCUUCCAUGGCUUUAAUUUUUAUUUAUUUAUUUAUAUAUAUUUAUAUUUAUAUGUUUUUUUACAUGUAUCUGUGACCAACAGAUUCAUAUCUGUAUUCCCAGUCACGUGAAAUCCAUAGAUUAGGGCUUAAUGAAUUUAUUUAAAUUCACAUAUUUCCUUAUAUGAACUGUAACUCAGUAUAACCUUUGAAAUUGUUGCAUUUAUCUUUGUUCAGUAUAUUUAAAACUGACCUGUCCCCUAGAGCUCAGACAAAACUGAUUUUCCAGAUUUUCUAUUGAUCACAUGAAAUGUAUUAAGUUCUUAUUAUGGGAUGUUUUGCGUCAACAUGUCGUCUAGUUUUCCAAACUCUGUACUGUAUGGCUUUGUGGUAGAAGAGCACACCCCUCCUCAGGCGUAAGAGGCUACACUGGUCAGGGACACAGGGUGGAGUUUUUUGGUUAACUCAUGGUACAGACAGUUAUGCUAUGGCUGAUUUUUAUUGAAAUAGCGCAUCUGUUAGAAAACACCAACCCUGUUUUGACCAGGGUUGUAGCCCCUGCUGCCCACAGCAGCCACCACUACACAGUACUGCAGCACACCUUCUUAAGAAGUGGUAGCCUAGAUGUUGCCCCAAUUGUCCUGAGUGGUGUACUAUGAGGGCAGCUAUACUGAACAAAAAUAUAAACAACAUGCAACAAUAAAAAUAAAAAAUUCAGAGUUACCAGUCAUAUAAUCUUUAAAUAAAUUGGGCCCUAAUCUAUGGAUUUCACAUGACUGGGCAGGGUUGCAGCCAUGGGUGGGCGUAGGCCCACCCAAUCAGAAUGAGCGGGCAGCACAGUUGCGGGAUUGAGGCUUGCAAACACGCUCCCUCAAUUUGAGACAUUUGUGGUGUUGUGUGACAAAAUGUGGCCUUUUAUUGUCCCCAGCACAAGGUGCACCUGUGUAAUGAUCAUGCUGUUUAAUCAGCUACUUGAUAUGCCACACCUGUCAGGUGGAUGGAUUAUUUUGACAAAGGAGAAAUGCUCACUAAUGGGGAUCUAAACAAAUUUGGGCACAAAAUUUGAGGGAAAUAAGCUUGUGCGUAUGGAACAUUUCUGGGAUCUUUUAUUUCAGCUCAUGAAACAUAAGACCAAGACUUUACAUGUUGUGUUUAUAUUUUUGUUCAGUAUAGAUCUACUCAGGCUUUUAUAAAGCUAACCAGCUUCAGUUAGCUUCACAUUCCAGGUCUGGCUUCAUCCAUACUACGAUUGCUUGUCCACCUGCCGCUAACUCUAGCAGGCUUGUAACUGCCCAUGGUUAGUCAAACUCUUCAUUGAGACAAUGCUGAAAUGUCCAUCAGUGCCACAUUUUAAUUUGUGGCGAAAUCAAAAUGAAAGAAAAGUUAUCUGGGAAAUUCAGGCUUUUAGAAGUGUCUUUGGUGUGCUUAUCACUGUAUCCUUCUAUCUGUGGAACAGCUUGUUGCAUUGCGGCCAUAGACAUAAAAUCCAUAGAAGAGUUUUUUGAACCUCUAACCCUGGCAAUUUGACUGUUAAACUCAUGGGUGCAAUGGUUUCCAGUCUUGACUUGAAUGGGAACAGCCAUCUGGAUUAUAUGACUAUGGUUGGUUGCAGCUGUCAGUUUGCCUUUCACAAAUGUCUAAAUACAAUCUCGUGAAAAACUGA